AUGAGCGACUACGAAGGAGAUUGGGACAAUGGAGAGUGGGAGCAGAUCAAAUCACAAGUCAAUUCCUUCGUCUCCGCCGCUCCGCCUUCAGUACCGCCCGAUCCUCUUCAUAAUUACACCUAUCCGCGAGGGACAAAUCUCCGCGAGGCCAAGCAAGUCAUUCAGCAAAAGCCUCGACGUGAGCAGAAAUCAUUGACCAGUGUCCUUCCACAAAACUACCGACCAACUCUGCAAAAUCUUCGACCUAGUACUACGAGCGGGUUCAAAGCAAGUCAUGACUCAAUUACUGAACAAGCGCCCAAGCAUGUGCAACGCCGGGUGCUGGAACUCGAAGCUUUUGACAGAUACCAGAAAAACAGAGAUCAGCCGGAUGCUCAGUAUGAAAUGAUGCAACCAUUCAACAAAGUCAGCCAGCGACUACCCAAAGAUAGGAAUAUUUCUCCCAGGCAGGCUUUAACGGAUGAGCUAGCUAAGAUCUGCACCAGCACUGGUGCCUUCAUCGAGGUUCCCGAUGAUGACUCUUACGUUCUCAAGAUAUGGGGCUCGCCAGAAGAGAUUCAGAGAGCCAAGGAUACAGCAAGGUCAUUUGAGAUGUAUGUUGCAGGGCCUGGUACUAGUACGAGUAGGGGAUCCAAUAAGCCCUGGAUUAAACAACGUGCAUUAGAUGCUCGCGAGGAGGACCGCAACAUCCGAGAAUCCCUAAGAAUCCAUGAGCAGAACGCUUUCCAAUACGCUGACGAAUCGUUGCUCCCAUAUGAAGCCCACCUAAUUUGGCCGGAAGGGUACGAUUUGCAAGACUUUGUUGCUGAUUACGAUCAAGGUGUCCUCGAGCGACUUCGCGACACGUUUACCUGUCAUAUUACUCACACUCGUGAGGGUACCCGUGCUACCAGAAUAGCAUGCGAGACGCAGCAAAGCCUUUUCCAAGUUUAUAACCGACUUCUUGGCCUCAUGAAAGAGAUGGUGGCCAAGAAAAAGCAAGGUCUACGUGCCACACAAUGUCGUUUGCCUGGUGCCAACGAUUUCUGCAAACGAACGAGUCUGGAAAAAGUGGCUAUUACUAGCUACCCGUUCACAGCUCAUAUUCCUAAACCUGUUGGAGUCGAGCAUGAACUGCCACCAGGAGAAGAACACUGGCCACAGUUGAGCAAGGCCAGCAACAAGCGUUACCGAAAUGCUACCAAGAAGGCCUUAAGAUCAUGCAUAAAUGGUCUUUACUUGUCAGAGAAGCACGUCCGAAUGAGAGUAUCGUUCGGCACUAUUGCACUGACUAAACUGAAACGUCCAGCCAACGGUCAAGACACGUAUGAGGUCGAAGAAUUCAUCAAUAUGGUCCAACAACCGAACGUGGAAGCUCGGAUGCUUCCAUUGUCGUCAGGAGCGUCCUUCGACUUGAUUGACUACAUGGACACACUUUCAGAAUUUGGAGAACCUGACAUCUCGUGGGCGCUGGAGUGCUGCUUUACAGGAGCACAAGGCAGUCUGCGACUUGAAAAGGAAUUUACGGCUAGUCAUAUCGACCCUGACAAACCCAAUGUUGCCGCCAUAAGGUGGCUCGACGACAGCUCUAACCAACUUGGGAGUGUUGGCGAACUUCUCAAGAUUCACCAUAUGGUGUUGGGUAAAGUUGGCUAUACAUUCGAGAUGGUCGCCGCCGGCAUCUAUCAAAAUCAAAAAACAAAACAAGAACUACGUGGUUUCUCCGAUAAGGUAGACCUCAAACCAUCCCUCAAGGGGUUGCGGUUCGCCCCAGCGAAGCAUGCACUCUUUCCUCCCAGCAACCGUGAUCUUAAAGCGGUGAGAGAGAUUACUAUUGCGCGAUACUCAUACAAAGAUACCAAAGGUACAUUUGAGAUAAGAAGAACAGACACUUUCCCACAGAAUGCAGGAGAAGCUAGUGCAGUACCAGCGUCGAUUGAGUGGACAGCAGUGUACUACUACGAAGAGUGGGACAGACUGAUGGCACAAUUCGCCAACAUCCGACCAGGUGAAGAUGUUGAAUGGAAGCGAGACCUUACGACUUUCUUUCCAAAAGUGGUUGACGAAGAUCACCCCACCAUGUUGCCGGCAGGCUACAAGAAAUUCAUGGACGAAGUAGAGGAGAUACAGGCAUUGCUAACCAGAGCCACUGAAGCAUUGAGUGCUGCCGAGCCAGUGCACACCGAUUCGCGAAAAGGUGUCAAUGGCUCGACUGAGUACUAG